UUGUCCCCAAGCAAGAGUGAGCGUGUUAACUUCAUUACAAAAUCUGUCUACUGCAAUGAAACAAAUGGUCCACUUCCCAGACAAAUUGCAAGUUCAAGGUGACAUUCUUUGUGCGGCAAAACAAGUAUCCAGUUCCAUCACCAGAAUAGAUCGCUCAGACCGCCAUAUCCGUGAGAAGGACGCGAAGGAAAGUCGACUAAUUGUGGAGGGACUGAGGAAUUCGGUUCUUUUGGAGGUUCAAGAAGUCCUCAACCAGAUGAAGGGAAGGAACGAUCUUCGUGAACUUCAGCUGAAGGCCACGCUGCGACUACUUACAUGGAGUUUGGAAGAAACGAAAAAGACCUACGCUGAAGUCUCUGAAAGGUUCUCGGCUUCUCAGCGAGAAAGAGACCUCCGCUGACUUCCUGGUGCAGAAGAUGAGCGGGUUCAUUAUUGCAUUAAUGUGGAAAUUAGUUUUCUCUUUCAUUUUAAUUUUGUUGGGCCGUUGUCGAGAUGUCACGAUCAGUAUUUGUUCUUUUGAAUGUUCUAAUUUAUUUACGCCUCUUCUCUUUAACUGAUUAACUCACA